AGUGUUUGUUUAUAUUCCGUUGCUACUAAAAGGUUAAACAUGUGGAAGAAAAACACUGAUAGAUUCGAAUAUUUGCAGAAUCUGGUGACCGAGUUUCAGGACACUGACAGUGACGAGGCUCGGGAGCAGAUACUGGCUAAUCUGGCCAAUUUUGCCUAUGACCCAUCAAACCUGGAACACCUGAUGGAACUGCAGGUCACCGACCUGUUCCUGGACAUGCUCACUGAGGAGAACCACACCUUCGUAGAGUUUGGGAUGGGUGGGCUCUGUAACCUAAGCAUGGACCCACACUGUCGUGAUAUCAUCCUGCAAAACGGUGGCGUUGCCCUGGUGACCAACUGUUUGUCAAGUCAGAGGGAAGAGACAGUUCUGUCCGCCAUCACUACACUCCUGAACCUAGUGACGCCGGCAUCACGCUCUGAGAUCACUGACCCGGCCAUUGUGCAGUGCAUGCUACGCUUCUCCCUCGCCAACAGUCCUCGUCUGAGGAACCUGGCUGAGGUCUUCCUGCAGGACUGCUGCACUCAGGCGCAGGUGACUCAAAUGCAGCAACAGAUGCAGGAACUCCAGCAGACAGCUGUCGGGAUCCCCCUCCCAGAAGACAGAAGUACUCCAACAUGACGCAGUAGCCUCGGAUCAUGAUCUCACCCUUGGUGCCCAGAGGAACUACCAGUUGGGUGUCCGGGUCCACGAUCUUAGCCUGUGGAUCAAAGUAUUCCUCGAUCUAAAGACAGUUCUGAAGAGAAGUACAGUCGUAUACAGGAGACAGCACAGAACCUCCAGAUGUUCCAUGAUGUAGCCAAUGGUCUCACUCUUCCUCUCCAUGUUGUCGCUGGGAGCGCCACAGAAGGUGACUGGACUGUUCUCAGUGGUUCCAUAUCCGAUCUGUUAAAACACACAGGAGUGAGGAGCCGGGUGUGUGGUGAACAUUUUUCUACACAUGAAAAACUAACAAAUUAACAAACAAAUUAAUGUAUUUGUCACCAAAAGCAGUGAAAAUAUGACAAUAUUCAAACUAAAUAAAGUAUUACAGUAAUAUAACUGUGGUGAAACAAAAAAGGGAUCAUCGGUGUUUAAAGGAAUGAAUUCAGAAAAAAGGAAAUAAAGAGACUGAAG